UCGGAGUUCUGCGCCUGGGGAACAGGAGCGGUUAGACUGUGGAAACAGCAGCGGUUAUGGGAAUGGUGUUUUCUUUUUACCUUUAGCUCUAGGGUCACUACAUCUUUGCUACUAUCCCUGUUCGUAUUUAUACAGUAUAUAUGAAUCGCUUUGGAUUUCCGAAGACUACGUAAAGGAGUAUGUGAGGGAAGCUUUGAGAAUAUUCGACUUUCUUAGCCAUUGGUUUCCUGGUGCUGCCCCUGCCGUGUUUUCGGAAGCAGACAGACGAGGGAGCCUACAGUGAGAGGGGGAGGAGGAGGAGGACUUCUGUAGCAGCAGUGAUCGGUUGCAGUGGCGCUUUCCCUCCCUGUCUCUGUUUCUGUAGGAGGGGGCGGACUUAAAGGACGAGGACGACGAUCACGACGGCUGUUCCUUCUGUAAAAAUCCAGACCUUUUAAUUGUGUGGUUAUUUCUUCGGAUUAGCAGGCUGUUUUGGAGUGUGUUGUUUUCCAAAGAACGGUUACUGCUACCUCGGAGGCUUGCUUGUGCGGCACUUGGAUUACCUGUAAGCAGAGGCGCGGUACUGGUGGAAUUGCGGUUUCUCUUGAGGAUUACCGGACGCAGGACUCGUAUCGUAGGCUGAACGAGACGGCGGCGGGUCGGGAGUGGGGUCUCUGGACUAGGGAGGAGGGCGGCGGCAGCAGUGUGAGUGUCGCCUUCUCUCACUCGGGCGCGCUGCCUCCCGUGACAGACAUGCCCUGCUUUGGCGGCGGCCCGGCCACUGGAGGAUCAUGACUGCAGCAACCAACUGGGCGGCGAAUGGUGCGAGCCUCGAGGAUUGCCAUUCGAACCUCUUCUCUUUGGCUGAACUCACCGGUAUAAAGUGGCGUAGAUACAACUUUAAAGGGCACGGGGACUGUGGUCCUGUAAUUUCAGCCCCUGCUCAGGAUGAUCCAAUCUUGCAGAGCUUCAUCCGUUGCUUGCAGUCCAAUCUGCUGUGUGUAUGGAGGCGUGAUGUAAAACCAGAGUGCAAGGAAUUAUGGAUAUUCUGGUGGGGAGAAGAACCAAACCUGGGUGAUAUGAUACAUCCUGAAUUACAAAUGGUGGAGGAAGGAUUCUGGGAGAAUGGACUACCAUACGAGUGCAGGACACUGCUCUUCAAAGCGAUACAUAACCUGCUGGAACGGUGUCUGAUGGAAAAGAACUUUGUAAGACUUGGCAAGUGGUUUGUCAGGCCUUAUGAGAAGGAGGAGCAGUCCAUUAAUAAAAGUGAGCACCUCUCCUGUGCCUUCAUGUUCUUCCUGCAUGGAGAAAGUAACGUGUGUACAAGUGUAGAAAUCGCCCAGCACCAGCCUGUCUAUAAGAUAGAUGAAGAGCACAUUGCCCUAGCCCAGUCCUCAGUAACCCCUUUACAAGUGAUCCUCAGCCCCUAUGGUUUAAGUGGUACUCUGACAGGUCAGGCAUAUAAGAUGUCUGAUCCAGCCACACGGAAACUAAUGGAGGACUGGCAUCAUUUUUAUCCAGUGGUUCUGAAGAAGAAAGAGGUGUUGAAGGAGGAAGAAGGGACGGCAUAUGAUGAUUCUCAUGUGGCUGUUGAAGUCAUUGUUGGUGGUGUACGAAUGAUUUACCCUGCUUCCUUCAUUUUGAUACCAGAAAGUGACAUCCCACAACUGAUGAACACUGCUGCUGUUGGAGGUCAAGGAGGCACAUCGCAUCAAGGGUUUAGCAUAGGGAAAGAUACUGCUAGCUGCACAAUGCCUCUUACACCACCCACAUCUCCUGAGCAGGGCGUCAUGGGUGAGAGUGGAGGUACUUCAGUCACUGCCAGCCACUUGGAGCAGGAAGGUGUAACCAGUCUACAAAGUCCGAAGCAUUCAGGGAAUCCACCUAGCAGGUUAAACAGACAGAUGGUUCAGCGAACCUGGAGAGAAUUCACACUACGCAAGUCCCAUCACAGAGCUCUAUCAAAUGCAAACCCAGAAGAUGAGUCACCUAGUACUACUCCUCCAUGGGAUUUCCAAGAGCCCAGCAAAAGAGUAGCAUGUUCUUGUUCCAGGCACAAACUUCUGAAGCAGCGAAGUGCAAAUGGGUCCAGCCGUCCUCCAUCAGUCUCUCAGCCAGGCUUCAGUACAGCACCUUCAUCUUCUUCCUCUUCCUCCUCAUCCUCAUCAUCUUCCUCCUUGCCUCCUCCAGCUUCUUCCAAGCACAAAACAAUAGAAAAGCAAGAGAAAGUGGACAAAGUACAAAAAAGACCAAUGACACCAUUUCACCACCGACCUUUUGUGUCUGAUGAACUAUACAUGGAGCAGGAAAGGCCUGCGCAGAAGCUGGGGCUGUCAGGAAUUGAUCCCUCCUUAGAAGUCAGCAGCAGUAGAAAAUACAGCAAACAGAUAUCUAUAUCUUCUGAAAGCCAGAACAAAUCAACACACGUGAAUCCUAUGGAUUCUCCCCAUUCUCCUAUCUCUCCUCUUCCUCCCACUCUUAGUCCUCAACCCCGUGGACAAGAAUCUGAAGCUUUGGACCCUACAUCUGCCCCUGUCAACCCAAGCAUAUUUACAAAUGGUUUGGAGCUUCAUUCAGUCCCUGCACUGGAUGACAGGACUUCUCUGUUAUCUCAGCGACUGCCAGUGAUACAGGAGGUCAGCGAAACUGUUUUGUAUUGCAGUGCCCUUUCUCAGAAUCAGGAGUCCUCUAGCAAGUGGAAGAGCUACAAUGUACCGACAUAUAAUGGUCUAGACUUCCGGAUUCCAGAGCUGCAGAGUGAUAUCCAUGAUGUCACAAUGGAGGGGAACUCAGACAGAAGUACACUAAAAAGACUUUUGGCACAACCCAAUAAGAGAUUCAAGAUCUUGGAAGAACAGAGGCAGGGUAAGAUGCAGACAACGAGCUACUUUGACCAUUUGGAUGUGACACCUCAAGUGGUUGACAGUUUGGGAGAUGCUGGUGACCCUUAUACUUUUGUAGAUGGUGAGAUAGAGUACCGGUUUACUGACCGUCCGAAGAAUAAGCUGUAUGCUGAGAAGGACUUAUCAAAGAAGGUCAAGCCUGAAGAUGGAUUUGGUAGUAAGGAAAUUCUUCCAGUUGGCCAUACCACACCAGUGCCUGAAGGGAAAGAUGCCAUGUCAAUCUUUAGUUCUGCCCCUAAAACAGACCACGGCCAGGAUAGUGCAGCGGCAAAAGCAGCUACCAGUAGCCUGAUGCAAGUGAAGGACUUGGCAGUAUCCCUGAAUGACCUGGAUAAUAUCUUUGAUAACUCUGAUGAUGAAGACCUUGUGCAACCCCAGAUAUGGAGAAGUCGCUCAACACCCAGACACAGUCAAGCAGCAACUCACAUUAAUGCUUCAAAGGGGCAUUCACCUUCUGCCUUGUCCGAAGAGUCGAACAACAGAAAUGGGAAAUCAAAUUCAGUGAAUAAACAACUUCAUGAAGUCCAGUUUGACCAGGGGACAACAACAACACUAAAUCCAGGUGCAUCACCAGCACAUGUAACAUCUAAGCUGUCUGUAGUGAGUUCUGAAGAUCGUUCUUUAGGAAAAGAUGGCAGAACAGCAGUUCCUUAUCCACCAACAGUAGCAGACCUACAGCGGAUGUUUCCUACCCCUCCCUCUCUGGAACAGCAUCCUGCUUUUUCUCCUGUGAUGUAUUACAAGGAUGGUAUUGGUUCUGAAAUGAUACCAGGAGUAUCAGCAGCGGACAGUACUGUUACCAGCAUGUCAGCAGCACAUCUUACUGAUUUUAAAUUAGAAGUGGAAGAAGCACUGGGAAGCCCUAAGCCUGAAGAAAUCAAGAACUACUAUUCAUAUGUGUAUGAAAUGCAAGAUGUCGGCCCCUUCAUGGGUUCCUCCAUGUUUGCACCACUAAAAGUGCUGCCUAGCUAUUGCUUGCCAUCUUUGAAGAUCACGGAUUCCUGUGUCUACCGUCCAUCAUGGUCACUGCCAGCAAAGGUUGUGCAGUUGCCUAUCUCUGUUACAACUCCUUUUCACAGAGAUGGAUACACUAAUGUGCCUAGUGUUGGAAGUCUAGGUGAUCAAGACUACAUUCAAACAAACACUCCUCAAAUGAGCACACCAGUAGCUACCAGCAGCACUGCACCACCCAGCAACAGUGGAGCAGGAAUAUUACCGUCCCCAGCUACCCCUAGAUUCUCCGUCCCUACCCCUCGUACCCCCAGAACACCAAGGACUCCUCGAGGUACAGGCCCUGCCAGUGGUCAAGGUUCUGUGAAAUAUGAUAGUACUGAUCUUUGUUCACCAGCAUCUACACCUUCUACCACUCGACCUUUGAACUCUGUGGAGCCAGGAACCAUUCAGCCAAUUCCAGAAGCCCAUAGUCUCUAUGUUUCUCUCAUCCUUUCUGACUCUGUCAUGAACAUCUUCAAAGAUCGGAAUUUUGACAGCUGUUGCAUUUGUGCUUGCAACAUGAAUAUCAAAGGAGAAGAUGUUCGUCUUUAUAUUCCAGAUUCUUCUAAGGAAGAUCAGUAUCGAUGUACAUGUGGUUUCAGUGCUAUUGUCAAUCGUAAACUGGGUUACAGCUCAGGCCUUUUUAUAGAGGAUGAAAUGGAUAUAUUUGGUUGGGGCUCUGAAAUUGGCCAAUUAGCGGAAAGGAGGUUAAUGAUAUGUAGGACGGCUACAAUGUCACUGGCCAAUGGUGAUCCCAAGAGAAUGAAGGAACCACCAGUAAGCUUGCUUAUCCUGCUGCAAGAACAAUGUACACGACCUUUUACCUCCUUGAGUUCUAUUGACAGCAUUACUGCCACCCAGAGGACUUCUUUGCUAAGUGUAGACUGGUGUUCUGAUAAGCUGCUUGCUGAUGGUAGUGACUCCUGCACAGAGUGUUUUAAUGCACUGGAGCAGGGUCGACAGUAUGUGGACAAUGCCUCUAGUGGAAAAGUGGAUGAAGCCCUACUAAGAAGUACAGUUUUGCACUCUUGGCCUCAUAGCAAUGUGCUAGACAUCAGUAGGCUGUCUUCUCAGGAUGUGGUGCGUAUGCUGUUCUUUCUGCAGCCCGUUCUACAGGAUGCCAUCCAAAAGAAACGAUCUGGCAGGACAUGGGAGAACAUCCAGCAUGUCCAGGGACCUCUGACCUGGCAGCAGUUUCACAAGAUGGCCGGAAGAGGUUCUUAUGGAUCUGAGGAGUCACCUGAGCCACUCCCUAUCCCUGCUUUGUUGGUGGGAAAUGACAAGGAGUUCUUGACCAUUUCUCCAUUUGCACUACCCUUUUGGGAAAGACUGCUGCUAGAGCCAUAUGGAAGUUCGCGAGAUAUAGCUUACAUUGUGGUGUGUCCAGAAAAUGAGGCCUUGCUUGCUGGAGCUAAAACAUUCUUCAGGGAUUUAAGUGCUGUCUAUGAGAUGUGUCGACUCGGAAAACACCGGCCUAUCUGCAAAGUGCUACAUGAUGGCAUUAUGCAGGUGGGGAAGGCACCUGUGGAGACAGCAUCAGAGGCGUCCAUGGAGGAAGGGUGCACUGAUUCCUGGAAUAGGGAAGAGAGUGACAAUCAUGCUAAACUCAAAUUAUAUGUCCAUAUCUGUCGCCACCGCUUAGCGUCAUACCUAGCUACACUUCAGCUUGAUAACAGCCUUUUUGUUCCACCUAAACAUCAGCCUUUGAUAUCAGCUUCUGGACCUCAGAGUAACACCUCAGCUAGCACUACACCGUCUAGUGCUGGAGGACCUUCUGCUCCAUCAACAAGUGGUACAGUCAACCUUACUCCCAGCAAUGGAGUGACAGCAGGCAGCACACCAGCUAUCCCUGGAGCAUCGAUAUCAGCAUCCUCUGCAACAUCAGGACUGAGCCAUUUGGGGACCACACCUACUUCAGGAUUCAGUAAUAAUUUGCCUGGACAGAACACUGAAGGCACAGAUCGAGGGACUGCAGCAAACUCAGGAGGAGACAGCGAAUCUAGCCAAAGUUCAUCUCAACAUUCAGAAACACAGGAGAGCACUACAGAGCGAGAACGAAUAGGGAUCCCUACAGAACCUGAAUCAGCUGAUAGCAACACUUACUCUCCAGCAGUGGUCAUCUACCUACUGGAUCCUUUCACGUACACCUCUGAAGAAGAGUGCCCUUCAUCUAACCCAUGGAUAACUUUGAUGCAGUGUUUCUCAGAAGUGUUGGAGAACAUGCCUGAAAGUACAAGGCAUUCCUUCGUCCUUCAGAUUGUGCCUUGCCAGUACAUAUUACAGCCUGUGAAGGAUGAGCAUGCCUCAUAUAGUCAGCACUUGAAGUCAUUGGCAUUCUCAGUUUAUUCCCAGUGCCGACGUUCAUUGCCCACACAGAUACAUAUCCGCUCCCUUACAGGUUUUGGUCCAGGUGCCAGCAUUGAGAUGGUCCUCAAAAAUCCUGAGCGUCCCAGCCUUAUCCAGGUAUAUUCUCCUCCUUUUAUCCUGGCACCAGUCAAGGACAAGCAAGCAGAGCCAGGUGAUACAUUUGGAGAAGCUAACCAAAAGUACAAUGUACUUUUUGUCGGUUACUGCUUGUCUCAUGACCAGCGGUGGCUUCUUGCCUCCUGCACAGACCUACAAGGAGAACUCCUGGAAACCUGUACAGUCAACAUUGAUGUCCCCACAAGCAGGUUACGGAGGAGUAAAGUAUCUGCUCGUAAGAUGGGCCUGCAGAAACUGUGGGAAUGGUGCAUAGGAAUCAUUCAGAUGACAUCUCUUCCAUGGAGAGUAGUCAUUGGGCGUCUUGGCCGUCUUGGGCAUGGCGAAUUGAAAGAUUGGAGUAUACUUCUUGGGGAAUGUUCACUUCAGUCUAUCAGCAAACAGUUGAAAGAGACAUGUAAAUUGUGUGGAAUCUCAGCGGCAGACUCUCCUACCAUUGUCAGUGCCUGUCUGGUUGCUAUGGAGCCUCAGGGAUCAUUCGUGGUAAUGCCAGAUGCAGUGACGAUGGGCUCUGUAUUUGGUCGCAGUACAGCUCUGAACCUGCAGACUUCCCAGCUGAAUACUCCUCAGGAUGCCUCCUGCACACACAUUUUAGUAUUUCCCACCUCUGCAACCAUCCAAGUAGCUUCGUCUAACUACCCAAAUGAGGACGGCUUCAGUCCCAACAAUGUGGAAGAUAUGUUUGACCUUCCUUUUCCGGAUGACAUGGAUAAUGACAUUGGAAUUUUAAUCACUGGGAAUCUGCAUUCACCUCCUAAUUCAUCUCCAGUUCCAUCCCCGGGCUCUCCUUCAUUUUCAAUCAUUGGAGUAGGACCCCACUACCAGCACAGUAGGAGUCAGGGAGAACGACUGCUUUCCCGAGAAGCUCCAGAGGAACUGAAACAGCAGCCGCUUGCUCUUGGAUACUAUGUAUCCACUGCCAAAGCAGAGAGCCUUCCUCAGUGGUUUUGGUCAUCCUGUCCUCAGGCUCAGAACCAAUGCCCACUGUUUCUUAAGGCCUCUCUUCAUCAUCAUAUUUCAGUGGCUCAGUCUGAUGAAUUGAUUUCCAGCAAGAAUUCCCAGCGAGUUCCUCAUCCAUUGGACUCGAAGACUACUUCAGAUGUUUUGAGGUUUGUCCUGGAGCAGUACAAUGCUUUGUCGUGGCUUACGUGUAACCCAUCCACAGCUGAUCGCCGCUCCUGCCUUCCAGUCCAUUUUGUGGUGCUUACUCAGAUGUACAAUGCCAUCAUGAAUAUUCUCUAAUGGUGCGCUGUGAUUUCUUUCUUUUGACCCAGGCUUCCCUGCUAGACUGAUCAGAGGAACCCACUGUUUAUGGGAGUUAAAUUAAAAGUGAAUGUUUACUUCAUAAGGGGAGGCAGAAGAAAGCCAUCUUGACCCUGGCACUUGCUUUGCACAAGGGCUCUAUAAUAUGUUUGUGUUAAAUACCUAUCACCUGAAUUGACAUGGGGGGACUUUGCUGCCCAGUUUGUUUCAUAGCCCUUUACUCUUCAGCUUCUUAAGUGAUGAAGUAGGGAAAGGCAUUGAGCAGCAGUACAGGGCAAGAGGGGGUUUCAGUUGAAGCUGUUGGGAUCCUGUGACAGUGUAAGAGGGGUUAGUACUUAAUUUGCCCAGGUCCAGUACUGGACAUGGAAGCAGUUCCUUUGAAGAACAUGACAGGAGGUAUCCCCUGCUGUUCAGACAUGGGGAACAAGAGGCAACCCCUUAAUGCUCAAGUCUAUUGGGUUUUCAGAAAACAGUAUGUAGGCAAAUUGAAAUCUUACACAUUUAGGACCACUUGUGGUGCUAUUCCUUAGUGUUUGGGGAGGAGUAUACCACUUGCAGUUACAAUGUGGUGGCAUAAUGUCCUUUCCACCAUCUUUGUCUGCAUCUCCUCCUCUCUCUCUUUCUCUUUCACCAAGAGGUAGAGGAAUGACUGACUGAGUAACUUGAUAGGGCUGUGGACUAUCAGCUCAGGGUAUAAAAAAAAACACAAGUUCCAUACAGGCACCCUUUCCCCGUUUCAGACAGACGUCAGCUCUGGUGAUGGUGUUAGAGACUUCGUGAACAGUGCUAAAGGUGUUAGAAAGUCUAAGAAUGAAGGGGAGAGAAAGAGAAGCCACUGCUUCAUAAAUGGAUUUUAUUCUAUAUUGCAGCCACCCUUUUGGGUGGUAUCUUUGUAAUAUACAGAUUUAAAAAAAGAUAUUUAAAAACUAUGACUUUGUAUGUAAUGUGUACAGUGUAAAAUUGACUUUAAGAUAUUACAGUACUAUUUUUUCUUAAUUAAAUUCUCAUGGCCUUUUUGAAGAGCAUUAAAAAACGAGAUUGUAAAAUUGUAUAAAAAUGAACAACUGUAAAUUAGACAUUUGUAAUGUUUUCCAUUUUCUUGUCUGAUUUAAUUCUUUUCUCUCCCACAAUUUACCAUUUUUAUAAAGUUUAAUGUUACCUUUUAAUCUUGAAUUUUGGUCUAGAGUCCUCUCCCAACAGAUUUGCAGAAGCACAGCUUCAGAUAUGCCCUUUUUUAUUUUAUUUAAGUUUAAAUUAAGGAAAUCUGGUGAUGUUAAUAUUUAUAGUUUCUGUGCAAACAGAAGAACCCAACUGAAUGGCAAUAUAUGAAAAUCUUUUCUGUACUGCGGUGUGGAAAUACCAUUUUAGUAUACCUUCUAUUAUAUAUGCAUUCUUUUAUAUAUGUUUCUAUUCUGUUUUGUUUUAAAGGGGAAAUGCAAUUCUGAACUGUGCAAGCCCCAACUUCGCUACAGAGUGGAGAAUUUUCCUUUUUCUUUGAAAUGUUUUAUAGCAACUCUCAUUUGAAACUGGCAUUUGCUAGCACAUGCUUGUAUGUAUAUUUCUGAUUUUUUUUUAUUUGUGAAAAGCUGUAUAUUUUUUCAGCAGAAAAGUUUGCUUCAUUUUUACGUUUUCUUUCCUCUGAGCCAUUUACUGUGGGCUUCAUAAAAGUAUACAACUAAGAAAACACAAAUUCAGUUUCAGUUCAGUAUCACUGGUACCAGUACACUUAAACGUUUAAUAAGGAAUCUUUCUCCAGUUUUAAUGUCAUUCAUACAUUAAUAUGUGCAUAUCUGUGUGAAAUGUGUUUUUGCGUGCUUAUGUUAUUUAAACACACAAACAUACAUUCAUUGACAUGCACACAUAACUUGUGGAUGAGAGCUAUAUACUUUUACACACUUUUUUAGAAGAAUAAAUUAUUAAAUUAUCAAA